UUGCGCUGUUUCACUUUUCACCAAAAACCAUGAGCUGGCUGGCGGAAGAAUGGAAGAGCGGCCUCAGCGCCAAAGUCCUCACCAAGAUCGAGGAAAUCGAGCAGCAAGUCCAGCGCCUGACGCGCGACAACGGCCAGAAGCAGCUCCACAUUGAGACAACUGAGGCUUCCCUCGAGAAGGCACGCAGCGCCGAAGCCAAUGCCACCAAAAACUACACCACCAUCCAACGCGAGCUCACACGCAUUAGCGACGAGCGCAACCGACUGGACACGAGCAACAAGAAGCUCGAAGCGGAAGCUGGCAGCCGCACCCAACAACUCCAAGUCCUCGAGGCGCAGGUUGCCAAGGCUAAAGAACGCACCGACGCCGACGCCGUGCAAGUUAGCCGCCUCAACGCCGACAUUAGCUUGCUCCGUGAAAACCUCGAAAAGUCUCGUCGCGAGGCGUCCGACAAGUCUGCCGAUCUGGCGCGCGUGCUCGAGCUCAACACCAACCUCAACGCGCUGGUUGCGCAGCACCAGUCCACCAUCCGCGAGGCCGACAGCACCCGAGGCCGACUGGAGACGCAGCUUCUCACGCUCGAGAAGCAGCUGGACACGAUGCGCCAGCAAACGACUGCGGGUGGCUUGACCAUGGCGGACGUCCAGAGCAAGCUCGAAUCGACACGUUUGGCUGCUGAGGAUGCCCGCGCUCAGUUGCUCAAGUCGCGCGGAGAGGCGGAUGGCCGCAAUCAAGAGCUCACCAACGCCGUUGAAAAGCUGCGCGGCCAACUCGUUGCCUCUGAAAACGAACGCGAGAACGCCCGCGCCGAAACCGAGCGGAUGCGCCUCAGUCUCGAAAACAUGCAGAGCGCGCGCAACUCGAGCGCCAGCCAGCUGCAGCAGCUAGAAUCGCAGCACGAGGCGCGUCUCGCUGUGAUUGCCCAAGAGUUUGACAAGGAGCGAUCGGCGUCGGCGACAUCCGCUGCCGCGCUUGGCCAGCAGCUUCGAGAGAGCGAGCAACAACUCGCUCUGCGCACCAAAGAAGUAUCGACACUGGCUGCCCAGUUGCAAGAAACGACCGCCCGAGUGAGCGAGCUUGAGCACGAAAUGACGACACACAAUGCCACAUCCAGCGGCGACUCUGCGGCUUUGGCAGAACUGCGGGAGCAGCUCCACGUUGCUCAGCGCCAGGCCGACGCCGCUUCUGCACAGGUUGCCAAGCUCGAGGGCGAUCUCGCCGUUCAAGCCGGAUUGGUGACGCGCGCUCAGCAUGCAGCCUCCGAGGCAGAGUCGAUCGCUGCUGGCGAGCAGGCAAAGGCCCUUGCCGACCUGACGGCCAAGUACCAAGCAGCGAGUGCCGCGGUUGAGCAAGUCAAGUCCAAGGCGGCUGCUGAGAGUCACGAGUUGUCCACGACGAACGCCUCGCUCUGCAACCGACUGGAAGCCGUGCAGCAAGAGUUUGCAGCACUGCAGGCAGCCCACACUGCGCAGUCGGCCAAAUUGGACUCUGUCGCUCAUUCGCAUGCCGUCAAGGAGCAACGCAUGGCCGAAACCAUGACGAAACUGACCGAGACAGAGCAGCAGGUUGCGACUCUGCAGACUCUUCUCGAAAAGUCUUCCGUCCGCGUAGCAGAGCUCGAGCAGCAGGUUUCUUCCAACGCCACAGACGCAACCAACCGCGGUGCGACCGUCUCGCAGCUCAACGCGCGCGUGGCCUCUCUCGAAGAAGAAUGCAGCCGCGUUCGCCAAACUGCCACGCAAGAGUCGGGCGUGUUUAUUGCUCGCGCCGAGGAGCUUGAGAUGGAGCUUAUUUCUGUCAAGCAAACGCUCGCGCAGACGACCGAGGCUCUGGCGUCAAAGGAAAGCCGCCUGGCUUCCACCAAGAGCGAGCUCCAAGCCGUUAGCGACCAACGCGCCACGAUUGCGUCCAACCUUGAGUUGCUGCAGAUGGACGUGGACGACAAGGACGCCAUGCUCCACCAGCAAGAAGUCAAGUUGUCGAAUCUGUCGGAAGAGUGUGCCAGGCUGCAUGCCCAAGUUGCUGCGCUUGAUGACGCGAAAGAAAACCUGACGAACGGGGCCAGCAACCGCGUCAAUGCGCUCCAAGAAGAGCUGGGCGUCUGCCGUGCUCGACUGCUCGAGGUGGAAGGCCAGCUUUCUGCCACAUCGCAGUCGUCGCAGGGCAAGUCGGAUCGGCUGGCCUCACUCGAGCGUGCUCAAGCUGCGCUCGACCAACAGCACGCCGAGGCUGUUUCGCGUCUCGAAACCGUCUCCUUUGAAGCGGAAGAGCUCCGUCAAACCGUUACCAACAUGACUGCGGACCUUGACCGAGCACGCACCAGCUCUGCACGCCUCAAUGAGCAACUCAAUGCAAAGGAAGAGGCGUUCAUGUCGCUGCAGACGCAGACAAACAAGCUCCAGACCGAGCUGCACGAUGCGCGGGAGACGCUUUCGAGCGCCGACAAGCGGCAGGCGGCUGCCCACGAUGAGGCGCUCGACAAGCAAGCCCGCCUCGAGUCUCUCUGCAACAAGGUGGCUGAGCUGGAGGAGGAGCUGCAGAAGAACGGCAUUGCCGCUGAAAAGCGCGUCGCCGAGCUGAGCGCCAAUGCCCAACGAGCCCAAGGCAGCGCCGAGUCCGCCGAGCUCAGCAUGCAAGAAAUGCAGGCACAAGUCUCGGCAAAGAAUGCUCAAAUCCAGCAGCUUUCUGACGAGCUCGAGUCUUGCGAAGGGCGCCUGCGCGAGCUGGUGUCUCAGCACACGCAGCUGGUGGAAGUGCACGCACAAACCCAGGACGACCUUGCAAGCAAGGCCACCCAGCUCUCAAAUGCCGUCACCCUGUCCAAGACGCAGACUGAGCAGAACGACUCGCUCAAUGGUCUCAUCGCCCAGGUCCGAUCCGACGCCGCCAAGGCAGGCGACGAAAAGACCCUUGUCGAGGUUGCGUUCGCCGAGCUGACCCGCAAGCACCAGACCACCAGCGACAAGCUCGAGCAAACCGAAAGCAAGCUGCUCGACACGCGUGCCAUGCUGCAAGCCGCUGAGACCAAGAUUGAGAGUUUGUCUGCUUUGGCUGCUUCUGGCACGACCGACCUCACGACCAAGCUCCAGGAGACGCGUGAUCAGCUGGCCACCUGCCAACACUCCCUCGAUGCUGAAAGGACGCGUGUCAGCAAGCUCCAGCACACUCUUGACAAGCUCACGGAAGAAGACAACCUGCUGAUGCAAAACUUUAAGGCGACGACCAAGCAGCUUGAAACGAGUGACGCUGCUUGGAAAGCCGAGAAGGCAGCAUUGAGUGAGAAACUCGAUCUGGCAGAGCAGAAUGUCCUUGGUCGCGAGCGAGUGCUGGCCGAGGUGCGCGCCAAGCUUGCCGAAACCUCCAGUCUUCACGAACGCGCAGUUGCUGGAAUGGAAAUCCUGCAGCUGGACAUGGACGAUGCCGCAGCCGAAGUUGCAUCAACAAACCAGCAAAUGGACUUCCUCAAUCAGCGCAUGAAGGGCAUGACGCGAGAUUUGCAGCAAUCCCGAGAAGAAGCGGCGUCGUUGACUGCGACCAAGAACACUCUUGUCUCAGAGCUCGAGAAAUCGGCCAUCAGCAUGGCCGAUCUGCAAGCCCAACUUGGUCGCGCCAACCUGACCUGCGAGCAGCGUCAAACUGCGAUCGACAUGUUGAAAGACCAGUGCAAGGCCCUCGACGCCAAGCUCAGCGGCCACAUGAACGAUGCCGAACACGCCAUGAGCUCGUCAUCUGCUCAAGUUGAGAGCUUGCAGGCCGAGCUGAAGCAGUGCACGUUCAAGCUUGAAGCAACUAGUCAACAAGCCGAAGAGCGGGCAUUGCUCGUCUCUCGCUUGCAAGAGCAAAACUCUGCACUGGACUGCAAGCUGCAGGGUGCCAUUGGCAACGUCGAGCGCCUGGAAGCGAGCCUGGCCGAUUGCCAAGCCGAACUGACCGAUGCAACGCACAACGUGUCUGUCACCCUUGCUGCCAAGAACCAUCUCGAUCAAGAGUACGCAAGCACGCGUGCCAGCUUGAAGGCGGCAGAGACCAAGUUGGCCGAGUUUGAGGCGCUGACCGAGCAACAGGAGGCGGACCUUGCCAAUGCCAAAGCGGACUUGACCGAUCGCCAGCUUCGUUUGGACAACACUGCUCAGGCCGUGGCGGACUUGCGCGCCUCUGUCAACCAGCUCCACGUCCAGGUCAGCGAGCGCGACCAGGCGCUUGUGGAUUGCGAGAAGCGCUUUGGCAACCAGCUUCGCUUUGUGCAAGAAGAGUUGGACACUGCUCGCGAGCAGCUUGCCCGCCGCCACAGCGACGGCCUUGAGCGGUCUGAGCGUGUCGUCACGUUGAUGUCGGAGCUGGAGCAAUCGCAGGCCAAAUCUGGCGUGCUUCAGACCGAAAUCUCCUCUCUCAAGCAAGCCGCAGAAAUCAACCGUCGCGCAUUGACGGAAAUGGAACAGACGCUUGCCGAGACGGAGGAAUCUUGCGUGGACCUCAAAGACCAAGUUCAUCAUUUGAGCAUCAAGCAGACCAGUCUUCAGCUCGAGCGUGACCAACUGGCCGCGGAUGUUGCACGAGUCCACCAGCACUACCAAUCCGAGCAAGCAACUGGCGAACGUGCCUCGGAAAAGGCGCUGGAGGCUGCCAGCCUCACGACCACGGCAAUGCUCCAAAUCGAGACGGUGCUCAAAACCACUCAGGGUCAGCUUGCCGUCUUUGAGAGCGAUUUGCAAAUCGCUGCAGAGCAAGUCGACGUGUAUCGCACGCGUGUCGCUGCACUCGAGUCUGAGGUCGAGCGCCGCGCGACAGACUUGACCGCCAAGGAUGCAGAACUGCAAGCCGCGCUCACGGCGCUUGAGGCCAAGAACAGCGAGUUGGCCGUCGAGCAACAGAACGCGGAGGGCGAUGUCCGGUCCUCGCAGUUGCAGCAAGAGGCGGACCGCGUCUGCCGCGAAAAGCUGGAGGCCGAAGUCGACAACCUGCGCGCCAAGCUGGCUGCUGCCGAGACCGAGAACCAGAGCUUGUCCAACGACCUGGCUUCUCUUCAGCGCGACAUGGAUGUUGAAAAGCACACAAUGUCCGACUGGGAGGCAACCUUGAAAGAAACCACCUCCGAGCGCGACAGCUUGCAGGACCAGCUUGCUACCAAUCUCCGCGUCCGUGAAGAGCUCGAGCAGCAGAUUCGCUCGCUUGACCUGAAGGUGGCCGAGUUGGCUGACGACGCCGCAAGUGCGCUCGAGCAGCAUGCUGCCUUGUCGCAAGAACACGACAAGGUGAUCUCGGAGCGACAGGCCGCACAAGCGGACGCGCUCAAGCUGGCUGAAGCGGCUGCUGCCAAUCAGAAGCGUCACGAUGCGACGACCACUGCCUUGGCUGAGGCUCGCACAAUGAUUACCGAGCUGCAGGCAGCUGUGGAGUCCUCCGGCAAGUCCAGCAGCGAAGCCACUGGCGAGUUGCAGCAGCAGCUCACCGAAGCGCUCAAGCAAGCUGAGGCGUCUGAUCGCCGAGCGAUUGCCAGCAGCGCGGAAAGCAAGCUGUUGGAAGAGAGCGUUGCCCAACUUCGAGAAGAAUUGGAGCAAACCUCACAGCUGUGCAAGGAUGUCGAGGCGCAGCUUGCCGACACGACCAAGCAAAACACUGCCAACAUUCAAGCGCUCUCUGCCAAGCUUGCUGCGGUCGAAUCCAAUCUCAGCAUUGCACUUGCGGACAAGGCCAAGCUCGAGUCGCGAGUGAUUCAACUGCAAGAGGUUGAGCAAGGCAGCUCGGCUGAGCUUGCCGAACUGCAACAACUGCUUGCUACUGCGCAAGCUGAGGCAACAACACAGCAAGAGUCGCUUGAGAAGGCCCUGCGCGAGCACCGUGCUGUCGUUGCCAAACUCGAAGUCGACAUGGAAGAGUCGGUGGCAACUGCCCAGCGGGCUCUUGACCGCGCUGAUGAAAGCGACGCUCGCAUGGAAACGAUGCAGUCGGAUCUUGCCAAGCACCAAGACCUCCUGGCUGACGAGCGCACCAAGAUUGAGCAGCUCACCCUUGCACUGAAGGAAGUGAAUGCUGAAAAGUCGAGUCUCGAGAGCCGUGUGACUGACGCCACCGCUGCCUCCGACAAGCUCCAGGAGCAGCUCAAGGCUGUUUUGCACGAGCGGGACGAGCUCGAGUUGCGCGUUGCACGGCUGUCGGCUGAAGCGGCUGCAGCCUCCGCCGAGCUGUCGUCUCGUGUGUCGUCUGCGUCGUCAGUCUCGCCGACGAGCUCCAACAAGCGACCGUCUUCCGAGAUGUUGAAGGAGCAGGAGGAGUCGGAUGUUGAUUCCAUGCAGAUUUCGAACGACGACGGCUCCGAGGUUGCCGCCGAGCCGACUGCCCAGUCGACACCCGUUGCUUCGAAGCGUGUUCGCAUCUCCGACGAAGUCGCUGUUGAGGCACCCGCCACCAACAAUGCUUCUUCUCCUAUUCUCGCUCGCUCUUCGGCGCUCGUCGAAAUGCGUGCCUCCGGUGUCGCUGCCCGCGCCUCGGGAGUCGCCGCUCGCGCUUCUGGCGUUGCGACUCGCGCAUCCGGUGUCCCUGCUCGUGAGUCUGGAGCUGGUCCCGUGCAAGCGCCUGGCUCGGGUGUGGUGAAAUCAAUCACUCGCCCGUUGACGCGUGCCAGCGACCGUGCUCGGCUCCAGCGUCCAUUGAUCACGUCUGGCCUGGCUACUGCCCCAGCUGCUCACACCACUGGUGGUGCCGCACGCAUUUCCACGCUGACCAACCGCUCUGCCAUCUCUGGAGGUGCCUUGCGCGUUGCUGCCAACGCUGCUCCCACGGCAUCACCAGCUCCCGCCGCUCGCGUGCGUCCCACUCUUGCCAGCAGCGAUUCCACGUCAUCAUCAUCAGCUGCUGCUGCUGCCACCACAGCAUCUGCCGUGCCUCGUCCUCUGCUCUCACGCACGACCGCACCUGCUGCUGUUGCUGCUUCUGCGGCUCCUGCCAACGAGAACGUGACCCGUUCCACCUCUGCCGCGGCCACUGCCAUCCCCUCUGCCUCAGUGUUUGCCAGCAAGCGCAUCAUGACCCGAGCAUCGCCAGCUCGUCAAGUUGCCAAGCCCGCCAACACCAACGCGGUGCUUCCUGACAACUGCGCCUUCUUUGAUCUCGCAUAAAAGGCCAAUUUUAAUUUUUCGUUUCCCCAUCCCUUUAUAGUUUUCGUUGAUGAUUCUCCCCCCCCCCUUAUUGUUCUUGUUUUUCACUUUUGUACUGUAGAUCUCGGAUAGAUGUAUGUUUUUUAACAAAAUGUUAUUACCCAAUGAAUGAAUGAAAUAAACUUGUG